AUGUCGACAAUAACUUUAUUCGAUCCACCAUCCACCAGCACUCGCAAGAAAGGACCAAGCAGCUUGCGAUCACUCAACUUGAAGGCCAGUCGAUCGGAUCUCAAGACCUCGAACAGUUCUAAAGACUCGUUGUUCGGUGAUUUACUCGGCAUCAAGUCGAAGAACAGACCGGCAGAAAUUACAGACCUGGAGGAUUCACCGACACUCAACUUCUCAUCCUCGGCUUCGAUCGCAUCUGGAUCGACGGAUUCCAGUACAUCUUCCUCUUCCGUGUCGUCCACAGCAUCAACGGCAACCAAAGCCUCCAUAUCCCUCACGGACCAUGAUCUAUUCGGAAUCAAGCUCAGACAGACCCGAGAGCCACAGGUUCCGCAGAUUCUCAAUGGAGUAGAUUUGGGAGGAGAAACGUACAAAGUUCCCGAGCCCGUUCCAAAACAGUUCUAUCGGGACUUGACUUUCAUGGAAGAUGAAGAGCUCGUGCAGAAAUACGGCUUGGUCAAAAUUGACCCGCCUGGCGAUGUUGCGGAAGAAGAAAAAGCCGAAGAAGACGAGAACCACAACGAGAAAUCAUUGAUGGACUGGCUGAAGCAUCCGCCUGCGCCGAAGAUGUCCAUUACGAAGUUUGUCUGA